AUGGGAUGUCUAAUAUCGUCGAAUGGCGAGCAUCCUAUGAUAACAAAGGAACAGACCAAAAUACUUACAAGUACAUGGCACAGUAUUCACGGAGAUCUCGAAAAGAUCGGCUUGUUGAUGUUUAUGGGAAUGUUUGACAACUACCCAGAAACAAGGCAAUUUUUCGGUCUCUCUGGUGGGAGUAUCGUACUUGAAGACCCUGCUGUCAUACAAAAGAUUCGAGAACAUGGACUGCGAUUCAUGACGACUGCACGGAAAUUGGUUAUGAAUUUAGACGAUAAGGAUAAAUUCGAUAGGAUAUUGUUGGAUCUUGGACGUCGACAUCAUGGAUACAAGGCUGACGUAGAUCUAAUUGAAGUGUUCGGGCAGCAGUUUAUUGCAUCUAUUCAACCAACACUGAAAGAUAACUGGAAUCCUGCUGUAGGGGAAGCAUGGGAGCAACUAUUCAAAUGCGUGUCAUCGAGGAUGAAGGAUGGUUUUCUGCAAGCACAGUCCUCCCCAUCUAAUACUGAAUUACUGAAAUGA